ACUACCAGAGCGGCGUCUCUCGCGUCAAUCAAACACCGUUCAUAGCCUGCUGCUAUCGUUUAUUCGCUAGUGUAAACCGCGUUUGCUUUGACUCACGGUUCGUAUUACUCCGUACUUCGAUCGAAUAAAUAGGCAGUUUUGCUGAACGGCAGUUCUCGAAAAAUCUACCGGAAUCAUGUCACCGAAGGCACCAACCGUGAAGCUUAACAACGGUACCGAAAUUCCUGUCCUAGGACUGGGAACCUGGCUGUCCAAAGAAGGCGAAGGAGUUGAAGCUAUCAAAACGGCUAUCGAUGCCGGUUACCGCCACAUUGAUACCGCCUAUUUUUAUCAGAAUGAGAAGGAAGUCGGUGAAGCGAUACGCGCUAAAAUUGAGGAAGGUGUUAUCAAACGGGAGGACAUCUUCGUCACGUCCAAGCUCUGGAGUACCUAUCACCACCCGGAUCAUGUAGAGCAAGCUUUUCAAAAGUCGUUGGAAAAUUUAAACAUUGAGUACAUUGACCUUUAUUUGAUGCACUUGCCAAUCGGUUACAAGUUUAUCGAUUGGGACGUGAAAAAUCUGAUGCCCUACGAUGCUGAUGGCAAGUUGCAGUUCUCUGAUGUCGAUUACAUCGACACCUGGAAGGCCAUGGAAAAACUGCUUAAGACGGGUAAAGUUAAGAGUAUUGGGGUGUCCAACUUCAAUAGUGAGCAAAUCACGCGUCUGCUGGCGGAGUGCGAGAUCAAGCCUGUAACGAACCAAGUUGAGUGCAAUCCAAGCCUAAAUCAGCGCAAGCUGACGCAAUUCUGUAAGGAUUUGGACAUUACGCUAACCGCGUACAGCCCGCUAGGCCGUCCCAACUAUUACGAGAAGGACCCGGACAGUAUGCCAAAACCAGCGUUGGACGACCCGAAGGUCAUCGAGAUAGGCAAAAAGUACAACAAAACAUCCGGACAGGUUAUUUUGCGCUACCUGGUCGACAUCGGCACGAUUCCGAUCCCGAAAUCCUCUAAUCCGGAACGCAUACAGCAGAAUAUCGACAUUUUCGAUUUCAAGCUAACCGAGGAGGAAAUCAAGGUGAUGGAUGAAUUCCACACCGGACAACGUACGGUGCCGUUCAACCUGUGCACUGAGCACAAGUAUUUUCCCUUCAAGAUUGAAUUUUAAGCUGAACAUGUGUGCACAGUUCAAAUGAUAACGCAAUAAAUAUUCUGACCAAGUCAAGAAA